AUGAGAGCCGCCAGCGAGCUCCACGAAGGAAGGAACCUCUUUGGCAAGCACGGAUGUUGCAAAAGGCGAGUGCGGUCCGCCUACAUUGGACAUGGUGAGUCGUCUGGAAAGCCAGGUUCUCUUCCAGCUGCUCUGUCUUCUGGUUUCCUCUGCUUGUUUCGUUUUAAACUUUCAUAUCCUGCUUUUCACCCCGCACUUUGAAGGACGUGAAUCCGGGGAGCUAUAGUUUGCGUCUGGUGAAACUACAGUUCCCAAAAAUUUUCAGGGGAAGAAGACUGUGUGCUUUAAAUGCAUAGUGUGGAUUUGAUCUCUGACUUUAAAGAACGUUGCAAGGCUUUGAGGUGGUCGCAACCAAGGAAACAGCCUUGAGAGAAAAAUGAAAGUCUCCCCUUUCUAAAAAAAAUGGAUGGAUGAAUGAAUGCCAACAUUAAAAAUAUGGGGAGGGGGGAAAACAGAACAGGCAAGGAGCAGGAAAAUAUAUUGCCCAUCAAAUGUUAAUUAUUACGGAUUUAAAAAUGCAACGAUUCAUGAAUAGGCGUCACUUUUAACGGCUGGGCGAACCGAUGUGGUACAGUAGUUGAACAUGGAGGUGGGUUCGAAUUCCCACUCUGCCCUUAAGCUUGGGCCAGUCACUCGCUCUAUGCCUAAACCCCCUCACAGGGUUGUUGUGGGAUUUAACGAAGAAGCUGGAGAACCAUAUAAAUCACAUUUAGCUCCAUAGGGGAAAAUUUGGCAUGUUGUAGAUGCAAUCAAGGGACGCGGGUGGCGCUGUGGGUUAAACCACAGAGCCUAGGACUUGCCAAUCAGAAGGUCGGCGGUUCGAAUCCCCAUGAUGGGGUGAGCUCUCGUUGCUCAGUCCCUGCUCCUGCCAACCUAGCAGUUCGAAGCACGUCAAAGUGCAAGUAGAUAAAUAGGUACCGCUCCGGCGGGAAGGUAAACGGCGUUUCCGUGCGCUGCUCUGGUUUGCCAGAAGCGGCUUAGUCAUGCUGGCCACAUGACCCGGAAGUUGGACGCCGGCUCCCUCGGCCAGUAAAGCGAGAUGAGCGCCGCAACCCCAGAGUCGGCCACAACUGGACCUAAUGGUCAGGGGUCCCUUUACCUUUUAGAUGCAAUCAAUUGAUUGAUGGACCGGUCAAAUAAAGUCAAACCACUGGUUUAGAUGCAUACACUCUGUGUAUGCUUUGUAACAGGCUCCUCCUGCCCCCUCCCACCUGUAGUCCUCUAGUCAGGGGAAGCUUACUUCUCAGAGCAGGCUUAUACAUGUCUACUCGGGAGUAAGCCCCACCGAUUUCUCUGGGACUUACUCAAAGUUAAGUGCGCAUAGGAUUGCAGCCUUGAACGAUGGCACGUGUAACAUUUCAGUCGCAUCUCUUACACUCCCGUGCUUUAAAUACGUGUGAUAUUCCGUUUGCUUGUCUGUUCCGGUACAGUAUUUUUGUUUAGAAUAAAUGGAAGAAGAGCAAAAGAGCGAUCAAAUGCGGAGGCCCAUAGAGUGCUGGGAAGAAUUUUCCUUUUUAAAAAUUAUAAUAAUAAUAAUAAAGUCCGAAUCUUGACAGUUUUAAGGCUUCGGUCUUCCUUAUCCAGAACUUUUAGAAACAUUUCCUGUAUAAAGGUGAGAGCUGCCAGCUGUUGCUUUGACAUCUGCAUUGCAGAUGUCAGAAAUGCAAAAAACAAACAAAAACAGAAAAAAACACCAACCCCUCUAGGUCUUCUUAAGAAUCAGGUGUGAAUUCAGACCCUUUGGGUUUGUUUGUGGGGGUUUUGAGGUGGGGAGCUGUUAUGUACUGAGUUGAAUAGGAUCCAAACUGCAGCAGUCUGAUUGGUCCUAGAACAAUAGGAUCCAAAAUGCAGCAGUCUGAUUGGUCCUAGAACAAUAGGAUUCAGAAUGCAGCAGUCUGAUUGGUCCUAGAACAAUGCAGCAGUAUGAUUGGUUGGCAGGAACCACCCAAUCCUGCUCCAGAUAGAAGUGAAUCCACAACCUGAUUGGCUUACAGUAGAAUUCCGGAAUUAGCCAAUCAUGUGCAGCCCAUUGUGUAAAUAAUGUAUAUAAAGCAGAUACUGUGAGGGGACAUUCAUUCAUUCCUCCUCACCACUAUGAACUGAAUAAAGAGCAUGAAAUCACUUUGCGACUCUGAGUAUAUUUCAGGAGCAAUCUUUGCAUUUCCCUCAUCCUAUAUUUGUGCGUUUCGUUCUUCCUGCCUAAGUGCAAGACCUUACAUUUGUCCCCGCUGAAAUUCAUUUUGCCAGCCUGAAAACGCAGGUCUCCCAUCUGUUAAUCAAUCAAGAGAAACUUUAUUCGCCUCAGCCAACGGCUGUAGCAACAAGAGAACAUUGUAAUAUACAUGGAAGAAAAUGGAAAUUAAAUAUAAGAACACAGUUUAGGGUCCUGAGUCGACAGUCGGAUAAUGGACCGUCUUCUCUGACCUGUUAAGGUCAUCUUGAAUCCUGAAGAUUCUGUCUGGAAGUUUCCUCCAGUUCGGAGUUGAUCAGGAAUGGACUGUCAUUCCUUUAUGCCAGUGAUGGCCAGACUUGGCCCUCCAGAUGUUUUGGGACUACAACUCCCAUCCCUAGCUAGCAGGACCAGUGGUCAGGGAUGAUGGGAACUGUAGUCCCAAAACAGCUGGAGGGCCAAGUUUGGCCAUCACUGCUUUAUGUUUAUCUUUGCCACCAGAAGAUGGAGCUAGCCCAAAGGAUAAGGGCAGCCUUUGUACCUCUGUCUCCCAGCAGCCAAGAUUUCACUACUACUUCUUUGGCGAUCCCUAGUAGCCGAGUAAGAUUGUCUUCCAUGAACACGGUUUUAACAGUGAAUCCAUAAGUGACUGUGGAGGCCAGUUCUGGAUCCACACGUCCUUCCACAGUGAGGAUGUAGGUUUCUGGGCAGGAGUUGACCACGGUGAGGGUUUGCCAAGUGUGCCUUCCUCUUAGCACGUUUCUCCCUUUUGUCCUGAGUUCGAGUGUCUUCAAAGCCCAUGACACCUUUGGCAAAGGUUGUUCUGAAACUGGACCGCUCACAGGCCAGUGUUUCCCAGUUGUCGGUGUUUAUACUACAUUUUUUAAGAUUUGCCUUGAGACAGUCUUUAAACCUCUUUUGUUGACCACCAGCAUUACGCUUUCCAUUUUAAAGUUUGGAAUAGAGUACAGUGGUACCUCAGGUUGCAUACGCUUCAGGUUACAUACGCUUCAGGUUACAGACUCCGCUAACCCAGAAAUAGUACCUCAGGUAAAGAACUUUGCUUCAGGAUGAGAACAGAAAUCGUGCUCCGGUGGCGUGGCAGCAACAGGUGCUUCAGGUUAAGAACUGUUUCAGGUUAAGAACGGACCUCCGGAACGAAUUAAGUACUUAACCCGAGGUACCACUGUAGUUGCUUUGGAAGAUGAUAAUCAGGCAUCCGAACAACAUGGCCAGUCCAACAAAGUUGAUGUUGAAGUAUCACUCUGGGGUUGCGGCUCUCAUCUCGCUUUACUGGCCGAGGGAGCCGGCGUACAGCUUCCGGGUCAUGUGGCCAGCAUGACCAAGCCGUUUCUGGCGAACCAGAGCAGCGCACGGAAACGCCGUUUACCUUCCCGCCGGAGCGGUACCUAUUUAUCUACUUGCACUUUGACGUGCUUUCGAACUGCUAGGUUGGCAGGAGCAGGCGACCGAGCAACGGGAGCUCACCCCGUCACGGGGAUUCGAAUCUCCGACCUUCUGAUCGGCAAGUCCUAGGCUCUGUGGUUUAACCCACAGCACCACCCGCGUCCCUAUUGGUAAUAUACAGAUAGAUAAAUUAAGGAUCUUUACAAUUUUAUAAUAUGCAGAGAAUAACAUGUGUUGAGAAACCAGAGAGAGGAGCUGAGGGAAGUCUGGUGGGGGGGGGGAAGGGUGGGUUUUUCUUUUUUAGGGGGGGAGGGAAAAAUGGGGGGGGAGGAGGAUGUAUUUUUGAUAAACUGUUAUGUUGAAAUUCCUAAUUAAAAAUAUUCAAGAAAAAAAAAAGAUAACAACAGGGCAACUGACUUUCGGGUUUGGUGGGUGCGCGUCAGUAAACGAGGGGAAUUAAGACUAAGAGAGAUGAGUGGGGGGUGCUUGUGUAAUCUCACUGUAUUCAAGUUGUACAAGUGACAAUAAAGUAUUUCCAUUUGCAGGGGGCUGGACUAGAUGACCCUUGGGUCCCUUCCAACUCUACAAGUUUAUGAUUCUUUUUUCUCCCAAUUUUUUUUUAUUGAUUUUCCAAAUUUAUAACAAACAUAGCAACAAACAAGAAAAACAUUACAAUAUCGAAAAGCAAACAGACAAACAAACAAACAUUUAUCCUAACUGUUAUAGUCCCACUUCUGUUAUCAUUGUUGGGUGACUUCCACAAAUCCCCUAGCUGAGUUUCCAUAUAGCUCAUUGUAGCAGUUUCCAACACUAUUUUCAUAUAAGAUUUACUUGUUCAAUUAACAUCUUUCUUUCUUUUCAUUUUAACUUCUAUCCGUGGUAUUAUACAAUUUCCCAUAUUUAAAUCCUAGGCCAAUCUGUUACUCACAAGUAAUUCUGUUUAAGUUAUCUUAACAUAUUUAGCUAAAUAAUCUUUAAAUUUCUUCCAUUCUUUUUUAAAAAAAUAAUAUUUAUUGACUUUCCAACCAUUUAAACACAAUAAAACAGAAAAAACAAAAAAGAAAAAGCAAAGAAGAAAAAGAGAAAAAGCAUAAGAUUAACAAAACAAGACGCAAACCAUUUAAAACACGAAACAAUUUCAAUGUCUUAACUUUCAUUCCCUUAUUUCCACGACCUCCUCACACCUCCCUUUUUAUAUUCCACUUCUAUUAAUUGUUUCAGCAAUUCCUUUCCAUCUUCCUCUGUUUUCUAUCCUAUAAUUAUCUUAACAUAUUCUAAUCUUAUUUUUCCCUUUAAUACUCUAUUAGUCUAUUUAUACUUAAUUCCUUAUAGCAUUUCUACUAAAGCCAUACAACUUCAUUCCAACAUUUUUCUAACAUUCAUUAUUUCUGCAAUAUUUCUAUACAUAGUCUUAAACUUUUUCCAGUCUUCUUCCACCGACUCUUCUCCCUGGUCUCGGAUUUCUGCCAGUUGUUUCCGCCAAUUCCAUAUAGUCCAUCAACUUCAUCUGCCAUUCUUCCCGGAUAGAUAAAUCUUGUGUCUUCCAGUACUUCACAAUGAGUAUUCUUGCUGCUAUUGUUGCAUACAUGUGACAAAUUCUAUCCUUCUUUAACACCAAUUGACCGACCAUGCCCAGGAGAAAGGCCUCUGGUUUCUUCAACAGGGUAUAUUUAAAUACCUUUUUCAUUUCGUUAUGAAUCAUCUCCCAGAGUGUCUUAAUCCUUGGGCAUGUCCACCAAAGGUGAACUCUAAUCCUCAAAUUCGUCUGUUUUUCCUUAAAUUCAGUCAUAGCGAGCGUCAACUUAUGUUCAUCAAAUUGCCUCUGUAGGGCUGGUAAAUUUCUUCCAUUCUUCUUGAUAUUUCAAGAAGUAUUUCAAUUUGCAGGGGGUUGGACUAGAUGACCCUCGGGUCCCUUCCAACUCUACAAGUUUAUGAUUCUACGAAAGAACGCCCACACCCCCGCCAAGCUACACACCAGGCCCUUCAGAGGAGCUACAACCAGAACAAGUGACUUGCCUAUCUCCUAGACACACACACAAAAACCGCCUAGAGACUCCAGCACAGUUUAUUUUCUGUGCUAACAUCUGGUGGCCUCGCUCCAGCAGUUGCAAGCUCUUUUUAAAAAAUCCACAUUUUCAGCAGAAAGCAAGGCCACACAUUCACGGCAUUUCAGAACACCGUUUUUUUAUAGCGCUGCCCUGAAUUGCUUCUCUCCCCCACCCCCUUAAUCACUUGGUCAGAUUUGUGCCAAAAAACAAAAAACAAAACAAAACCAACAACAGGAGGAUGAAAACUGUACAUUCCUUAGCUGGUAUUUUUGGGCAUUAGCCUCCUUCAUCAUAAACUGAAAGGGCAGAAGCAAGAAAACCUUUAUUCAGAGAUGUCCUUGCAAGCUCAUCUCUGCUCCCCAGGCCCCAGCCCCUGCCAGAUCUGAUCCUUUUGUCUAUUUGACACUUUGCAGAUUACGGUCUCCCACUGGUUUGCUAAUCUAAUACCUGGUACUGGUCUCACACCCUAUUAACACAGCUAAGACAGUGAAAGGAAUGGUAAAUAGUCAUCGCAAACUGGUCUUAGGUGAAAUGUCUGGAUGUUUUUUGUUUGUUUGUUUUAAUAACUAUUUUUUAUGUGUUGUACAUCGUGUUUUUUUAACCUUGUCCUUCAACCGAAGUGCAUUGCUUCCCCAAAGAAACCUGGGAACUAUAGUUUCACCCUUGUUUAAUAGGCGCAAUAUGGGUAUUGAUUCAGCACUCAGCUGAACUACAGAAUUUACUCACUCAGGAAGCAGUGGCUUGGGGCAGAUCCUCUAAGUGUCCCUAUUUUCCAGGGACAGUCCCAGAUUUACAGAAGCUGCCCCGGUUUCUGAUUUGAUCCCAGAAUGUCCCGCUUUUCCGUAAAGGUAAAGGGACCCCUGACCAUUAGGUCCAGUCGUGACCGACUCUGGGGUUGCGGGCUCAUCUUGCUUUAUUGGCCGAGGGAGCCGGCAUACAGCUUCCGGGUCAUGUGGCCAGCAGGACUAAACCGCUUCUGGCGAACCAGAGCAGUGCACGGAAAUGCCGUUUACCUUCCCGCCAGAGUGGUACCUAUUUAUCUACUUGCACUUUGAUGUGCUUUCAAACUGCUAGGUUGGCAGGAGCAGGGACCGAGCAACGGGAGCUCACCCCAUCGCUGGGAUUCGAACCGCCAAUCUUCUGAUCGGCAAGUCCUAGGCUCUGUGGUUUAACCCACAGCGCCACCCGCGGCCCCUGCUUUUCCUUAGGACAUCCCUAUUUUCAUUGGGGGACGCUGGUGGCGCUGUGGGUUAAACCACAGAGCCUAGGAAGCGAGAUGAGCGUUGCAACCCCAGAGUUGGUCACGACAGGACCUAAUGGUCAGGGGUCCCUUUACCUUUACCUAUUUUCAUUGGAAAAAUGUUGGAGGGUGUGGAGUUAUGCAACCUCCGAGCCAAGGAGAUAAGUAAUUAUACAACCUUUAGAAGAUAUCUGGAGGCAGCCCUCUAUAGGGAAGUUUUUAAAAGUUUAAUGCUUUAUUAUGUUUUUAUACGUUGAAAGUCGCCCAGAGUGGCUCGGGCAACUCAGUCAGAUGGGUGGGGUAUAAUAAUAAUAAUAAUAAUAAUAAUAAUAAUAAUAAAUUUUAUUUAUACCCCGCCCUCCCCAGCCAAGACCGGGCUCAGGGCGGCUAACACCAAACAUAAAAACAAUUGAUUAGAAUACAGCUUAAAAACAAAAUUAAAAUACAACACUAAAACAUUCAAAAGGCAGCCUUAUUUCAGUGGAACUCAAUCAAAAACCUUUUUGGGGGAUAAAAACGUCAAGUCUUCACCAUCCAGACUGGUCCUACAUGGGCUAGAUGACAUCGCAAGGGAUCGUUGCUUUAGUUGAGCGAGAAAAAUUCUCAGGGAUGAUUCACACCCUGGCCAGCACCUCUUUAAUCGUCUACCUACCCUUGGGCAGGAGAUAUAAAAGUAUAAUCAGUCGUACCAACAGGCUAAAAAACAGCUUCUAUCCGUGGGCUGUUGGGCUGCUGAACGGAAAAUAAUAUAGUGCAACUAACUUUUGGGGUUGGUGUGUUGUAAGACAAACACACAGAGUGCAAUGAGAUUGAGUGUUUGCAGGGGGGCGGGAAGGCUCGGUUAAUUUCAUUGUACACAGUCUGUACACUGACAAUAAAAGUAUUAUUAUUAUUAUUACAGUGGUACCUCUGGAUGUGAACGGGAUCCGUUCCGGAGGCCCGUUCGCAUCCAGAAGCGAACGUCUGCGUGUGCGCAGGUCGCGAUUCGCCGCUUCUGCGCUUGCGCAUGACGUCAUUUUGACCAUCUGCGCAUGGUGAGCGGCGAAACCUGGAAGUAACGUGCUUCGUUACUUCCGGGUCGCCGCAGCGCGCGACCCGAAAAUACUUAUCCCGAAGCUACUUCAACCCGAGGUAUGACUGUACAGUGGUACCUCGGGUUACAUACGCUUCAGGUUACAGACUCUGCUAACCCAGAAAUAGUACCUCGGGUUAAGAACUUUGCUUCAGGAUGAGAACAGAAAUCGUGCAGCAGCAGGAGGCCCCAUUAGCUAAAGUGGUACCUCAGGUUAAGAACAGUUUCAGGUUAAGAACAGACCUCUGGAACGAAUUAAGUACAUAACCAGAGGUACCACUGUAUUCUUCUUCAAACAUCCUUUCCCUUGUUUUUCUGCCCAGAUCUCUCUGGCAGCCCGGUGAUCAUCGACUUGGGCUUCUGCCAGCCGCACUGUGGUGGUACCCACAGAAGGAGCGCAUCAGGUUUCGCCGGCAUCUCCCGACAAUCCUCCAUGCUGGACUUCCUCAAGACCAAAAAGGUACGGCGUCUGUUUUUGUUUUAAGAGCACAGGAAGCCAGUGGACACUGGUCCAUUUGGGCGACUUAACAACCAGAGCCCUGGCUGACAUUUUCCUCCUCCUCAGUGGAAAACUCAGCAGUCAGCUCUGAUACCACCCGGUGCUCGGCUACUCUCGAAAAGAAACUAAAGGAAAAUAUCAGGGCAGGGGGUGACCAUUGCUGACACUCGACAGCUCUGUAAACGCCGUGCGUUUGAAGCACAUCAAAGAACCCUGAGAACUCUAGUUUGCUGGAAGGGAGCUGGGGCAGGUGGAAGGGAGCCCAGCUACUGUAGGAGAAGGAAAAUUCUGACCCUAAACCUCCGCUGACCCUAAACCUCUGACCCUAAACCUUGCGGGAUAUCUUCAGAAGAUGCCCAGCAUCUCCCACUUUCCUCCUCCUCCUCCUCCUCCUCCUCCUCCUCCUCUUCUUCUUCAAAUAAAUUUAUUUAUUUGGUUUCUCAAAUUAAAGUUUUAGAAUCACAUAUCCAACAUGCAACAUAAAAACAAGGUUCCAUAAAAUCUCCCGGACUUCCCUCGUCCCCUUUGUGGGUCCUACUCUUUAGUCAUUUCCUCCUGUGUCUUUUAUAAUACAAUCCAAAUCUUUUAGGUAAAGGUAAAGGGACCCCUGACCAUUAGGUCCAGUCAUGACCGACUCUGGGGUUGCGGCGCUCAUCUCGCUUUAUUGGCCGAGAGAGCCGGCGUACAGCUUCCGGGUCAUGUGGCCAGCAGGACUAAGCCGCUUCUGGCAAACCAGAGCAGCGCACGGAAACGCCGUUUACCUUCCCACUGGAGCGGUACCUAUUUAUCUACUUGCACUUUGACGUGCUUUCGAACUGCUACGUUGGCAGGACCUGGGACCGAGCAACGGGAGCUCACCCUGUUGCGGGGAUUCGAACUGCCGACCUUCUGAUCGGCAAGUUCUAGGCUCUGUGGUUUAACCCACAGCGCCACCCGCGUCCCAUUCCAAAUCUUUUACAUCUCUAUUAUAUCCAAAAUUCAAAUUACAAGUGUUAUUCCAAUCCUAUUAACGAUUUUAACUGUUUACAGUGGUUUUUAAGGUAAGCUAUAAAUUUUCCCCGUUCCUUAUUAAAAUUUUGUUCUUUCCGAUUUCUGAUUCUUCCGGUCAUUUUAGCCCUUUCAGCAUAAUCCAUCAACUUGAUCUGCCAUUCUUCCCUGGUAGUGACUUUUAUCUUCUUUCCAUCUCUGGGCCAAUAACAUCCGUGCAGACGUGGUCACAUACACAAAUAAUCUUUUCUGCUCCAUUGGGAUUUCAGCACCUGGAAUUCCUAAAAGAAAGACUUCAGGUUUUAAAGCUAAAGUUAUUUUAAACAUUUUUUUCAGUUCAUUAUAUAUCAUUUCCCAAAAUUCUUUUACUACCUUACACAUCCACCACAUAUGAUUAAAAGGUGCCUUCUUUUUUCUUACGUUUCCAACAUAUAUUUGACCCUGUUUUAUACCUCAUAUAGUUUUCUUUCAACGUAUAACAUGCUGUAUGGGGAUAUGGGAGGCGCUGUGGUCUAAACCACAGAGCCUAGAAGGUUGGCGGUUCGAAUCCCCGGGACGGGGUGAGCUCCCAUUGCUCGGUCCCUGCUCCUGCCAACGUUUGAAAGCACGUCAAAGUGCAAGUAGAUAAAUAGGUACCACUCUGGUGGGAAGGCAAACGACGUUUCCGUGCGCUGCUCUGGUUCGCCAGAAGCGGCUUAGUCCUGCUGGCCGCAUGACCCGGAAGCUGUACGCCGCCUCCCUCAGCCAAAAAAGCGAGAUGAGCGCCGCAACCCCAGAGUCGUCCGCGACUGGACCUAAUGGUCAGGGGUCCCUUUACCUUUAUAACAUGCUGUAAAUUUCAAAUCCCAAUUCCAUAACUUCUCCCAUGCUUUAAAUUGUAUAUAAUACCCGAAAAUCUUAGCUUUCCCUGCUUUCUUCUUCUUGCUCUUCCUUCCAGCUACAGGAGAGGUUUCCCAGCUCUCUCUCAGGAUCCGAACCCUCUACCAGGUUGGAGCAUUCCUGCCGGGCGAAUUACCACUGUGAGCCCAGCAGUGUCCGGGUGCAAGAGCUCCUGCUUCUGGAAGGCGUUCGACAGGUGGAGGUCAUUGAGGGCUGCCAGUGCAACGCUAGCCCCUCUGAAUGUCUUCGGCUGCCGUCUCUGAAAACCUUCUUCCCAGACUCCCCUCUGGAGCAGACCUUGGACGUCGGCAGGUGUUCCAAUCCAGAACAUCCCGAAGGUAAUGCAAGGCAGAGGUGUUGCGGAUUGGAGCUCCGGGACUUUUUUCAGAGCAGGAGCAAGGAUGUCAUCUACCGGGGAAACCAACAGGGCUUAACAACAACAACAACAACAACAACAACAACAACAACAACAGACUAUUAUUAUUAGUAGUAGUAGUAGUAGUAUUUAUACCCCACCCAUCUGGCUGGGUUUCCCCAGCUACUCUGGGCGGCUCCCAACAGAAUUAAAAGCACAAUAAAACAUCAGACACUAAAAGCUUCCCUAAACAGAGCUGCCUUCAGAUGUCUUCUAAAAGUCAGAUACUUGUUUAUUUCCUUGACAUCUGCUGGGAGGGAGGUCCACAGGGCGGGCGCCACCACCGAGAAGGCCCUCUGCCUGGUUCCCUGUAACCUCACCUCUCGCAGUGAGGGAUGGAGGGGUGGAGAUGGAGGUGAUCCGGAAAUGACAACUAAUCCAGAAUGCGGCAGCUAGACUGGUGACUGGAAGUGGCCGCCGAGACCAUAUAACACUGGUCCUGAAAGAUCUUCAUUGGCUCCCAGGAUGUUUCAGAGCUCAAUUCAAAGUGUUGGUGCUGACCUUGAAAGCCCUAAAUGGCCCAGUAGACCUGAAGGAGCAUCUCCACCUCCAUCGCUCAGCCCGGACACUGAGGUCCAGCUCCGAGGGCCUUCUGGCGGUUCCCUCACUGUGAGAAGCAAAGCUACAGGGAACCAGGCAGAGGGCCUUCUUGGUGGUGGCACCCGCCCUGUGGAACGCCCUCCCACCAGAUGUCAAGGAUAUAAACAACUCUCUGACUUUUAGAAGACAUCUGAAGGCAGCCCUGUUUAGGGAAGCUUUUAAUGUUUAAUAGGUUAUUGUAUUUUAGUGUCUUGUUGGAGGCUGCCCAGAGUGGCUGGGGAAGCCCAGCCAGAUGGCUGGGGUGUAAAUAAUAAGUUAUUAUUAUAAAUUAUUAUUACAGUGGUACCUCUGGUUGCGAACAGGAUCCGUUCCGGAGGCCCGUUCGCAACAUGAAUAGAAUGCUACCUGAAGCUUUUAAUGUUUGAUGCAUUACUGUAUUUUAAUAUUUUGUUGGAAGCCGCCCAGACGGGCGGGGUCUAAAUAAUAAUAAUAAUAAUAAUUUUCCCUCUCGGAUCUCUUUUCAGAGGGGCUUUUCUGCCUGCCCACGGAUUUCGACUCCGUUCUGAUGAAGACCCCAAACGGGCAACGUUUGGUUCAGAUUGUGGGGAGCUGCCGGCUGAGGGAGCCCUGUUACCGGGUCUCCCACAUGGAAUACUACUACGAGGUGGUGCUCAACUCUGAGGGAGAAAAACUGGAGCUGAUUAAGGUGCGAAUGCUUCUCCUUCCUGCUUCCAUUGCAAAGCCCACUCACGUUAAUAGGGUGGACUCCAACUCCCAUCAGCCCCGGCCAACCAACAUGAUAAUGGAAAGCAAGUCUCCUCUUCUCUAGGCUAAGCCUAUCCAACUCCCUCAACCGUUCCUCAUCAGGCUUGCUUCCCAGACCCUUGAUCAUCUUGGUCGCCCCCCUCUGCACACCUUCCAGCUUGUCAACAUCCUUCUUAAAUUGUGGCGCCCAGAAUUGGACACAGUAUUCCAGGUGUUUUUUUACCAAGGCAAAAGAACAGCCCUUAAGAUAUUUGGAGAUGGCUAUCAUAUCUGUCAAGGGACGCGGGUGGCGCUGUGGGUUAAACCACAGAACCUAGGACAUGCCAAUCAGAAGGUCGGCGGUUCGAAUCCCCGCAACAGGGUGGGCUCCCGUUGCUCGGUCCCAGCUCCUGCCAACCUAGCAGUUCGAAAGCCCAUCAAAGUGCAAGUAGAUCAAUAGGUACCGCUCCGGCGGGAAGGUAAGUGGCGUUUCCGUGCGCUGCUCUGGCUUGCCAGAAGCGGCUUAGUCAUGCUGGCCACAUGACCCGGAAGCUGUACGCCGGCUUCCUCGGCCAAUAAAGCGAGAUGAGCGCUGCAACCCCAGAGUUGGUCACGACUGGACCUAAUGGUCAGGGGUCCCUUUACCUUUACUUAUCAUAUCUGUCACGGUCCAGUUCACGGGCAAUCGAAGUCCCGGCUGGGGACUGUUGGAACCGGGGUCAAGAUGGCGGGGUGGGAGCAGGAACGGGAGUCCAGAAGCUGAGAGUUAGAAAGCCAAGAGUCCGAGGGUCAGAGAGCUGGGAGUCAAGAAGCAAGGGUCCAAGGGUCAGGAAGCAAGGAGUCACGAAGUCAGGGGUCCGAGGAUCAAGAAGCAAGGAGUCAUGAAGUCAGGGGUCUGGGGAUCAGGAAGCAAGGAGUCACGAAGUCAAGGGUCUGAGGACCUAGGAGCAAGGAGUCAAGGAGCCAAACGCAGCAAGGCAGGGAACGUAUUGCUGUGGCAAAGAGCCAAAGGGAAACACUGACCUUAUAUCCCUUCCUGGCUCUCGCAACCAGGUGCUGUGAGUUACCAAUCGGCCUCACCUGUGUGACUGCUUUGCCUCUUCAGAACAAACUUAGGAAGACCCCAGUCCUGCAAAGCCUGGCUCCUGCAUGCACACCUGACAAUAUCUCCUCUACUGUUUUCUAGGCUAAACAUACCCAGCUCCUUCAACCGUUCCUCAUCAGGCUUGCUUCCCAGACCCUUGAUCAUCUUGGUUGCCUUCCUCUGCACACCUUCCAACUUGUCAAUAUCCCUCUUAAACCGGGGAGCCCAGAAUAGAGCGGGAUACUAUUCCUUCCCUCGAUUUGGACGCCAUGCUAGCCUCGAAUUUCAUUCGCCUUUUUUUGCUGCUGCAUCUCGCUGUUGGCUCACAUUAAGCUCAUGGUCGACUAAAACCCCUAGUUCAUUUCCGUACGUCCUGCUGUCAAGCCAGGUUCCCCCAGCCCCUCACAUCCUAUUAUUGUGCCUCUGUUUAUUUCUAAGGACCUUACAUUUGUCCCUGUUGAAAUUCAUUUUGUUAGCCUGGGCCCAAUUUCCCAAUCAGCUAAAGUCAGCUUGUAUCUGGAUUUUAUCUUCUGAGCUACCCCUCCCAGUUUAGUGUUACGCGCUCAGCUUUUAAGGAUUCUCCUCUUCUGUGUGCUGUUUUCUGCAGCGAUAAAACUCCAAAAUAAUAACUUCUCUGGAAAUGAUGUUUGGCAAAAUGUGUCCCCCAGUUUUCCUCUUGCAAAGACAAGCUGUUUUUUCCUUCUUCCAUGGUGGGGGUGGGUGGUCCCAGAAGGUGUAUUUGUGAAUGACACAUAUCCUUUUGAAUUCCCACCACCCUGUCAAAGACAGUGGGAGACUGGCAAGUGAUUUCCCCUUCUCCUUUUGUGUUUCAAAUCUUCCAGGAAAUUGAUGUUGGAAGAUGCUUAGGGCAAUGUGACCCUGGAAGUCCCUGCCUGCUAAGGUAAGCACAACUGCCCCAAAGGUGUGAGCGCAGGUGCUAGCUGCACAUCCCAAAAAAAGUGACAAUUGCAUUUCUAAAUGCAAUGCCCACAAACUGCUCUAAGGGGAAGGUGCGCAAGCACAGGAGAUCACACACAAUGGCAACACCUGAGAGCUGAAUCUAAAUAGAUUGUUCCUGUUAAUUUCUGUGGAUUGGGCUCAGCGACAGACUGGGGGAAAGAGAUUCCCCAAGGGAGGUUUCUAGAGGUGUAAAAUGGCUCAUUCAAUCAGUACACACACAUCCCCCCCAAUGCUGGGCUCAUCCACACUUGCUCUUGCUGGGGAUUAUGAACUAGGGACCCCAACAUUGGGAACCCCUCCAAACCUGUGCCAAAGGUUUAUAUAUAAUUAUACGAUAAUCUUUAUUGUCGUUGUCCCAUACAGAACAACGAAAUUGGAAAAAAUCUACAUCAGACAUUCAAAAACCAACAAGCCUGCAAUCCCAGCCUGGUUAACCCCCUAAAAACUCUGAUACCCCAUAAUUAAAUACAAUAUACUCCCACAGAGGCUACCUUACACUGCGUUUAAAACCCAAAUCGCAUUUGGAUAGAAACGGUUUCUCAGGCGGCUAGUCCUAGUCUUUAUAACCCUGUAUCUUCUUCCAGAAGCAGAAGCUGAAAGAGAUCAUUAUAAAGUACAUCAAGUAUAUAUAAUUAUAAAGUACCUAAUUAUAUGCGCACUAAACAUGGUGAGACGUAAAUAUAAGAGAGAGGAAAAGAAAAAAAGAAACGGAAUCUGUGUAGAAAGGAAAAUAAAGGGGGGACGGACUCCCAAAACUAUAUAUACUUUACAAGGUUUUAAUUGUACCUCACCAGAUCUUAACCUAUUACAGUAUUUGUAAGAAUGGGUUCCAGAUAUUGUAGAAUUAUUUGUCCAUGGCAACUCUGCGGUUAUAUGCAAGUUGUUCAUAUGUUGCGAGUUGGCAAAAGUCUUCAAUCCAACUGUAGAAGGGAGCCGCGUUUUUUAUUUUUCCAGUUUUUUAUUCCAGUAUUUUUUAUUCCAGUGUUUUUAUUUCCAAUAUUUUAUUUUUCCAGUUCAUCAGUAUCCGUCUUUUUGCUGUGGAAAGGCCACAUGUGCUUGCCCGGGAUUAUGAACUAUGGACCCCAACAUUUAGGAUCCCCCCUAAACCCGUGCCAAAGUUUUGCAGCCUUUUUGCAGCAAAACACACCCCCAUAUAUAUUUUUUGCAGUGUUCCGUAAGCCAAGUAAUUGAUACAUGAAGCACAGGGUCCGUAGUUAACACCCCCGAAAAUCCAGCAGUGUCCAUAUCACUUCAGACCUGUGUCAAUGUUUUGCAGCGUGCUUUAGCACUGAAUCAGAACAAAUGAUAGGGUUUUCCAUGGAUUGCUGUUGAACGCUCCUGAGGCUGUGCAAUUCUGAGAGAAAACCCUGUUGAAUUCAGCGGGGCUUGUGAAUAUAAAUUGCCAUCAUCCCUGCGCCCUAUGCUAACAAGCUAUGGUUCCUGGGAUUCUUUGGGGGUAUGAUACUGCUUUAAAAUGCACAGUGCAGAGGGGGGCGCCACCACCGAGAAGGCCCUGUGCCUAUUCCCUGUAACCUCACUUCUUGCAGGGAGGGAACCGCCAGGAGGCCCUCGGAGCUGGACCUCAGUGUCCAGGCUGAACAAUGGGAGUGGAGACGCUCCUUCAGGUAUACUGGGCCGAGGCCGUUUAGGGCUUUAAAGGUCAGCACCAACACUUUGAAUUGUGCUCGGAAACGUCCUGAGAGUCAAUGUAGGUCUUUCAGGACCAGUGCUAUAUGGUCUCGGUGGCCGCUCCCAGUCCCCAGUCUAGCUGCCGCAUUCUGGAUUAGUUGUAGUUUCCGGGUCACCUUCAAAGGCAGCCCCACGUAGAGCGCAUGGCAGUAGUCCAAGCGGGAGAUAACUAGAGCAUGCACCACUCUGGCGAGACAGUCUGCGGGCAGGGAGGGUCUCAGCCUGCGUACCAGAUGGAGCCAGCGAGUUGCACGCCGGGGAUUGCAGUCUGGACUCGGUGUUUUGCACAAGAGGGAGCCUCCGGAUCGGGCCCCAUGUAGAGUUGUAGCCUUACAACACCUGGAAGGAGCCAGGCUGGUUUAACAGGACGCCCUAGCCUGAAUCUGGCUCUCACGGCCAACUGUGUGGUGUAGUGGUUAAGAGCGGUGGACUCGUAAUCUGGGGAACCGGGUUCGAGUCUCCGCUCCUCCACCUGCAGCUGCUGGGUGACCUUGGGCUAGUCACACUUCUCUGAAGUCUCUCAGCCCCACUCACCUCACAGAGUGUUUGUUGUGGGGGAGGAAGGGAAAGGAGAAUGUUAGCCGCUUUGAGACUCCUUCGGGUAGUGAUAAAGCGGGAUAUCAAAUCCAAACUCUUCUUCUUCUUCUCAACACAGGGACCCUCAGAGCCGAGGCAAGUGCCUUGUUUGGCAUGAAGACAUCUCCAGCUCCUGCAUCCCUCACCAAUACGAGACAAAUACCUUCCGGAGCCGAAGAGGGGAGCUCCGCACCGUCUUUGCUGUCCGAGCUUGCAAAUGCAGGGUCUUAAAGGGUCUGGAACGGGUGCCCCACAAAACACAAGGUUUAAUUUAACAAGCCAAAGGGAGGAGGAUUCUGCUAGCCAACGUCUCCCCCAGAUGUAGUUGUCAAGAGGUGGCGAAUACAUGAAUAAAUAGUUCUUUGGGGGGGAUGUUUCAGUUAUUUCAGCCUUCAAGACUUAAUAGUGCACCUACUUAUAAGCAGCUAGAAUGAUCAUUGCAUGUUUUGGGGAGAAGUUUAGACGGGGCCAAGCUUCCUGUUUGGGAUAUUGUCCUGCUGGGGAAACUAAUAAGCUGGACCAAAGGAAAAAGGAUGUUUUAGGACCUGUUUGGUCGACUUUAUUUCGUCUGUAAGCAAGGAGGGACAUGACCAAGGACAGACCCCCCCUCAACCUAUGAUCAAAUAUGCCUGAAAUAGUGACUCAGGGCAUUUUAAUACUUUAAUAACUUUCCUCUGGUAUAACUGGGUCCAUGUUUUGUACUCUUUAACCAUUGUUGUUGUUUAGUCAUUUAGUCGUGUCCGACUCUUCGUGACCCCCUGGACCAGAGCACGCCAGGCACUCCUGUCUUCCACUGCCUCCCGCAGUUUGGUCAAACUCAUGUUUGUAGCUUCGAGAACACUGUCCCACCAUCUCGUCCUCUGUCGUCCCCUUCUCCUUGUGCCCUCCAUCUUUCCCAACAUCAGGGUCUUUUCCAGGGAGUCUUCUCUUCUCAUGAAGUGGCCAAAGUCUUGGAGCUUCAGCUUCAGGAUCUGUCCUUCCAGUGAGCACUCAGGGCUGAUUUCCUUCAGAAUGGAUCAGUUUGAUCUUCUUGCAGUCCAUGGGACUCUCAAGAGUCUCCUCCAGCACCAUAAUUCAAAAGCAUCAAUUCUUCAGCGAUCAGCCUUCUUUAUGGUCCAGCUCUCACUUCCAUACAUCACUACUGGGAAAACCAUAGCUUUAACUACAAUAUGACUAUAUAUGACUACAAUGGACAAAGACAACAGGCAAAAGGAUCUUAAGUACACAAAAGUGUGAUGGAAGAAGAGGAUAAUCGAUGACAGUGAAAUCACGAAAGAAGAUGAUGCCUUAUGGCCGCAUCCUGACAGAUGGCCAGCAGGAGCUUGAAAUUGUAACUGGUGGUGAACACAUCUCUUUUACCACAUCAAAAAUUGCUUCUCUUAUUGAUGUAAAUCAAUCCAAGGAUCCAGAAAGUCAAAGAGUGUUUUACUGCCUUGUCCAGGACCUCAAGUUUCUCGUCUUCAGUCUCAUUGGAUUACACUUCAGGAUUAAGCCAAUUUAAAUUGCAUGGAUUUAAAUUUGUACUGUCAAGUUUCUUUCAGUGGGGUCACUUUCCAUUCCUUAUCUCUCAUUGGUUUUAUGUGUGUCAGAUUUUUUACAGAGUGAAUUGGUAAUAAAUGCUAAAAAGGCUUUUUUUCCUUUUAAAAACAAAAACAUGCCAAUGUGGCAAAGAGUGGUCAUUUGAUGAUGUCGCAGCCGGGAUACAAGACUGAACUCUGACUGAACCUAGAAGUGUCGAAAGUGUCCCAUAUUAUUAGAGAGAGGGUCACAUCUGCACCAUGCAAUUAAAGCAGUUUCAUGCCACUUCAAACGCACAUGGCUUCCUCCCAAGAAUGCUGGGAACUUGAUGGUUUGUUACAAGGGCCGACCGUCAUUUGACGAUCCCUCUUUCCCUCCUGGAACUACAGUGCUCUGUGAAGAGUGACUGGUUGCAAAAACCACAACAGCUCAAGUGAUAAAAGAGUGGCACUGUGGGUUAAACCACAGAGCCUAGGGCUUGCCGAUCAGAAGGUUGGCAGUUCGAAUCCCCGCAAUGACAGGGUGAGCUCCCGUUGCUCGGUCCCUGCUCCUGCCAACCUACCAGUUCGGAAGCACGUCAAAGUGCAAGUAGAUAAAUAGGUACCACUCCAGUGGGAAGGUAAAUGGCAUUUCUGUGUGCUGCUCUGGUUUGCCAGAAGCGGCUUAGUCCUGCUGGCCACAUGACCCGGAAGCUGUACGCCUGCUCCCUCGGCCAAUAAAGCGAGAUGAGCGCCGCAACCCCAGAGUCGGUCACGACUGGACCUAAUGGUCAGGGGUCCCUUUACCUUUACCUUACCCAAGUACAUUUUCAUAUUUGCUUGAUUUACCUUCCAGAACCUUAUGUGUGAACAAGCUGGUGUGAACAAGCUAGCAGAAGCCCAUUCCCAAGUUGGUCUAAUCGUGAGCAGAACCUUCUAAAGAUUUGAGCUGCUGUCUCAUUUCAUGGCCAUUGGCCGUGUGUGUUUCGGCUAAGGAUAACCUUGACUGACAGAUUCUGGUUGUGGACAUAAUUUCUUUGAAGCUAGGUCCUUUUGGGGGGCUCAUAUUGUGUGAACACAAUUUGCCAGUUCUGCAGGCUGGUAUUGGCAAAACAAGGCAAGGGUCUCCCUGGAAUGAUGGUAGAAGACACAUGCAUAAAACACAUACCCAUGUGAGUGCUAAAAAUAAAACCCUAAUUGUGUUGGGAAAAAAAAGUUUUUUUUCCAGCCUUCUUUAUGGUCCAGCUCUCACUUCCAUACAUCACUACUGGGAAAACCAUAGCUUGAACUAUACGGAGCCCAUCUAGGAAAAGAAAAACUCGGAUACUAAACCUCCUGUCUUGUGGUAUAUUUUUGGGGGAAGGAAAGGCUCUGGAGUGAACCCUACACAAAUCUGGAGCGGAGUCCCUAAGGUGGUUUGUAUGGCACCUUGUACCAGCAACUCCUGCAGCCAAGCUGGGGCCAAACGUCUUGCUCUGCUUUCCUUUGGACCCCACCAACGAGGCCGAGAAAGGGGGGGUCUUGUCGUCUGAGCAGCCCAAGACCACCAUGCACGCUGCCCAGGCUUCCACCCCGGGGAGGUCACUGCUGCGAAUGUAUUUUAGAUGCGCAGUUUGGAUGCAGGGCUGGGAUAAAUUUCUGCCUGAAACGCUGGCGAGUCUCUGUCAGGCCACACAGGCAAUCUUAGGCCUGGGUGGACACACGGCAUCAUUAGCCCUUGAUUCAGGACAACGAAGACUAGGAUGUCUGCAGAGAGUAGAGGAUACUGAGCUUGGUGUGACGAGGCUAGCGUCCUUUGCUCCUAUAAUAGUGCAACAAUCGUAGGAAUAAUAUUUUGCACGUACAAAAUUGUAUUGCUCAGCCAAAGACAGGUUAAAGCCAAAAAGCAGAAAAGGAAGAAAAGGAAAGCAGUGAGUGCACAAUCUCAGAAGCAUUUUUUUAAAAAAACAAAUCCUUAUAAUAAGUCAGGUGGUUCUUAUCUCUUAUCUCUGGGAGCGCCUCCACCCCAAUCGUUCUGCCCGGACACUGAGGUCCAGCACCGAGGGCCUUCUGGCGGUUCCCUCAUCGCGAGAAGCAAAGCUUCAGGGAACCAGGCAGAGGGCCUUCUCGGUAGUGGCACCCGCCCUGUGGAACGCCCUCCCACCAGAUGUCAAAGUGAUAAACAACUACCUGACAUUCAGAAGACAUCUUAAGGCAGCCCUGUUCAGGGAAGUUUUUAAUGUGUGAUAUUUUAGUGUAUUUUUGGUCUCUGUGGAAGCCGCCCAGAGUGGCUGUGGAAACCCAGCCAGAUGGGCGGGGUACAAAUAAUUUAUUAUUAUUAUUAUUAUUAUUAUUAUUAUUAAGCGUAAGGGUGGACUCCUGAGGUUUUCCUAAGUUGGGAGGCUUCUGCCUCAAACUCCACUGUCUUGAGGCAUGGCUAGUUUGGCCAAGCAAGACAGCAAAUACCUGAUUUUGUUGAUAUUACUGAGGGUGGCAAGCAAUUUAAGUAUCGAUCCCUCGGCUUUUCAUACAACUUUACAGGAUAACAUAAUAGUGUGUGGUGUUUUGAUGGAACUGACAGUUGGGUUUCAAGCAUGUUUUCAUCUCUGUCCCUCUGUGUAUCUCUGUGCAUCUAUAUCCAAAUCCAUGAUGUACGGGGAAAUAAGGUUGCUUGGCUCCUCGUUUUUUUUCUUGCUUGUGUAUUAGCCUUUCCUCUCCUGCCUUCGUGCAGAAAGGCUGCCUUAAUCCCCACCUUAAUGGCCCCAUUACACACCCGUUAGCCUCCCAGGGAGAGCAAACCUAGCCUUUGCCUACUGAAUAAACUUUGGCAGCUGGUUUCCCUUCUCCUUCCUGCCAAACCAGGUUCAUCCUCCUCUUUUCUGGAAAGGGGUGUCAAAGGGAGAGAAUCCACAACCCUCCCCAGAAAAGGCUUGUGUGUUCCUUCGCACCUUGUUAGCGCCGCAAUUAGCCCUUCCUGAGUGGCCCAUUAGCAGGGGGACCUAAUCCAUGGACCUCAUUGUGGGGCCAAGAGAUGAGCAGCAGCCUUGGUUAUAAGUGCAGCCUUGGAGGACAGCCAAAUGGAAGAAGAUGCUAGAGGGAGAGAAAUCAGCCAUGUUCCAUCUCCAGCUUUUGCUUCUCCUGGCAUGGAUGCCCGCCUUCCCUUGCAGACCCUCCUCUCCUGCCCAUCUGGAGGCAGGGGGCUCUGAGGACACCAGAGCCCAGGCCCUCAAGAGACUGCUGGAGGUCUUCGGCAUCGGGGACCCCCCUCAAUCUCCCCAGCACAUCAUCCGGCCUCCCCAAUACAUGGUGGACCUCUACAACACGGUGGCCGAUGACGAUGGAGUCACCAAGGAUCCGGACAUCUUGGAAGGCAAUACAGUGCGCAGCUUUCUGGACAAAAGUAAGAGGGGGCAUUGGCAAGAGGGGUGCCAGGGUCUCUGGGGCACGAAGCAGGCUUUCUUGGCAAGGUUUACAGGAGGGAGGUGAUGGGCGGUUGUUGUUAGGGACUCCACCAAGUGCUGCAAACUUUCCCUCCCACGGAACCCCUAAAAGCAGUGCCUUUAGGAUGGCUGUCUAAAGCCCAGGCAUGGGGAACCUUGCACCGUCUGGACGUGAUGAACUACAACUCCCAUCACCACCAUCCCUGGGUCUGUUGGAGCUGAUGGAAGCUGCAGCUGAGCAACAUCUGGAAAUGUUGCUGGCCUAAAAACACACAGGCCCACAGCUGGCCUAAAAUCUGACACCUUUCCUUGUGAUGAAGGCAUUUGGCCUGUUAUUUUAUUUUAUUUUUGCUUUUCAGGUUUAUACAUUCCAUUAAUUUUACAACCAUUUUAACAUUUCCAAACUCAACUUCCUCCCCCCUCUUUCUGCGGUUCCUUAAAUUUAUUCUUAACAUCUUUUCUGCAUAUCCAAAUUAACUUAAUUUCCCCACUUAUUCAACAACUUUAAAUAUGUUCUGCAGGUUAUUACAAUAUUCCUGCCAAUGUCCUUAUCUGUUUACAAUUUAUCUGUCAAUAUUCACUAACCCAUUUCCAUUCUUUUCUAAAAAGUUUGUCUUGAUUUCUAAUUCUUCCGGCAAGUUUCACCAUUUCUGCUUAUUCCAUAAGGUUUUGUAUCCAUUCUUCUUUUGCUGAAAUUUCUGCUUCUUUCCAUUUUUGUGUGAGUAACAUUCUUGCCGCUGUAGUAGCAUACAUGAAUAAUUUUCUAUAUAGUUUAGGUAGUUCUGUCCCUGUUGGCUUUUGGGGUUUGAUCUUCACACAAACCUCUCCUCCAGUUUUUCUGAAGGACUUCAAAGCUUGCACACUGUUUUGUAAAAAUUCAGCACAGCUGUGCAGAGAUGGUGGGAUUCUUACGCACAAAGCAAACUGCCUUUCCUUCUUACUGUAAAUAUCUUUAUAUUUUAUCCAGAUCAGGAAAUGAUUCCUUGGAGCCAGGAUAGCUCAUUUGGUUAGAGUGUGGCGCUGAUAAAUGGCAAGGUUGCAGGUUUGAUGCCCAUAUGGGAACGCUACAUAUUCCUGCAUUGCAAGUGUCUUGGACCAGAUCAGAUCUUUCCAAACUUUUCACGUUGAGGACACACUUUUUUAGACGUGCAUCAUUUUGCAGCACAGUAAUUCUGUUUUACUAGCGAACCAGUGAUUCACUUACAAUUGCAAACAUGCAUUUUAACUUGCAGAGUCAGUUGCAGCAAAAAUAACAGCCUUCUGGCAUCUGUUAGCUUUCCAAAAUAUUUCACAUUUAGCGCACCUAAACAAAUUGGGUUGUAUCUACUCAGAGUCAACCUUUUAAAAUUAAUGGACCCAAGUAAUUCGUAUCCGUUAAUUUCAGCAGGUCAGCUCUGACAGGGCUAACAUCAAAUGCAACCCAUUUUCUCUUAUUUUUAGGAGUGGGGGUGAGGUUAACACCAAAAUAAGUGUUGAAACUCACUCUUUUAAAUGUCCACUUUCUGCACUCAAGUUAUGUCCAGGUAACACAAAAAAUAAACGUAGUUGUGUUGGCCCCAUCAAAAAAAAUUCCAUAUUAGGACAUUUCUUUACCAGGUCAUCCAAAAAUGUUACAUGAUCAGCAUGCAAGCUUUAGAGUCCUACAGAGCUCUUCCUCAGGCGAGGUGAAGAGUUCUGGAGAACGUGAAAGCUUGCUCACUAUUCCCGUAAACUUUUUGCCAGCCUAAUUUAGGAUUUUUUAUUUAAUUUUAAUUUUUUUCACCAACAACCAAAACACAAACAGUGAAACCCCCCAGGCGGCUGAUACAUUGGGUAUACAUAAUCAAUAAUAACAUAUUCAAAUCAACCAUAUGUACAAUUCUAUAUACCUUAACACUCCUCCCUCCACAAGGUUUAUUUAACUUUUAACAUUUUAGUUGCCCCAAAUUAUUCAAACCUGCCCAACUAUCUUCUCAAACCAAUCUUCCUCCUUCUCACUGACCUUAAACCCUUUCAUUUUGUGUAUCUUCACAGUUAGAUAUUCUGAAAUUAUAAUAUUAUUCAGUUUUUUCCCUCCAUUGGUUCACCCCCAGCUCUUCUGCAUUUUUCCAAUUACUCGCUAUAACCUGUCUGGCUGCAAUUACCAUCAAAUUUACCCAUUUACAUUCCUCUUUUGUUUCUAACUCGGUGCUAAUAAGAACCAUUAAUUUAGAUAUUUCCACCUUCCUACCCACAAUUCCCAAUAUUUCUAUACCAAUCUGUUCCCAGAAUUCAUUAACUAACGGACAAUCCCACCAAAAAUGUCUAAUUUAGGAAUUGCCCAAACAUGGAUUUUUUUCCCCUCAUGAGCCACUGCAAACCACCUUUUAACGUAGGAGGCGACACAUAGCUCUGUUAGGUGGCCAUGCAUGUUUCGGUAGCACCUGGAAAGAAAGGAGAUUCUCAACAUUCAAGUGCUCAAUUUUCCUUGCAGAAAUUUGGGCAUAUGCUGCUGUUGCUGUGUGUGUGUGUGUGUGUGUGUGUGUGUGUGUGUGUGUGUUUUCUCUGUAGCUCCCCACAAGUGGCAUUUUUUUAAAAAAAAUAAAUUUUAUUAGUAUUUUCCACACAACAACAACAACACGAAAGAUAUCAAAAAAUAAUACACAACACACAAAAAUCAACGUUCGAAAACUAAAAAAAGCAACAACAACUAACCAAAUCCAUAUCUUACAAGUUAAUAUUAUAAACACUAAAACAACAACAAGACAUUGACUUCCACCAGUCCCACAGCACCUCCUUUAUCUCUCAUUGUGUCUUCCUGUUUUUCGGUUUUCAUUAUCAUCUCUAUCCUAACAUCUAGAUAUAAAUCCUUCUUUCAUAUCCUUUCACUUCACAAGGUUUUUCCAGACUCAGCUAGAUUUCUGCCCUCGAACCUUGACUUUUGAGGUAUUCAUUUAGGCACUCCCAUUCUUUUUUAACUUCACUUUUUGGUUUUCAUCUUAUUAUAUCUGUCAAUUUGGCUAAUUCUAAACAUUCUGAAAGCUUACAUAGCCAUUCUCCCCUAGUGGGUAACUGAUUCCCUUUCCAAUACUUAGCCACCGGGAUUCUUGCUGCAGAUGUUGCGUAUAUGAAAAAAUUAGUUUUGUCUUUUGGAAUAUAAUUCCUAAAAGGAAUGCCUCUGGCCUUUUACUAUAUGGUAUUCUUAAUAUACUCUGGGUUCUCUUCAGAUCGUAUAAAUCUUUCGCCUUUUUUCACAAGUGGCAUUUUCAAGGCUUAAAGCAGGCUUGGUCCCUGCCUCAAACACACAAAAGCGCUGGUACAAUGAACCCACCAGGCUUUUGUUGUUUUACCUGGGAUCGGGACCCUUGAUACACUUCCUUUGGGAAAAUUCUUUCCGUCUUGACAUUCGCUAGGGCUGACUGGAGCAAUCCUUCUUCCUCUGCAAAGCGUUAACCUGUGCUUCGGAAUGGUUGGGCUUCAGGAGAGCCGAGUUCGAAUCUUGACCAAGCCCUCGAUGCAUUUACCAGCUAUCCUUUAUUCAGUUUCUCUCUCUCUCUCUCUCACCCACUGCUUCCCUUUUCUGGUUUUGAGCCCUGAAAUGCUGCCUAUGAGCUACACUGAGAGAAAGGUGGAUUUCGUGGCUGAGCCAGGAUCUGAACCCAGAUUUUAUUUUAUUUGCCGGAAAGCGCUGCAGAAAAAAAAUGACUUUCCCAACAUCUCUGUUUACCCAUGCUCUUUUAGCACUGAAUCAUCAUCAACAACGAUCUUUAUUCCGGUCCAGAGACCCAACAAAUCGUUGCAAAGCAAUACACAGUUCAUACAGCCUACCUCCAGGUUAAACAAGCAUUUUGUUCAGAAUAUAGGGAUCAUUGGUUCUUGCAACCACCGAUAAAAACUUGGCCACUGUUCUAGCGUUUGUCCGGUCUUCCAAUAGGAACCUGACAUAGCGAGCCUCUGAUUUCCCCGGGAAAGGUACCAGCGAGGGUAGUAUCAGUUCAGCCCUGGCUUGCUCAUAUUUCGCACAGUGCAACAAAAUAUGUUUUAUGGGAUCGAUGUCUUGAGCACACGAGCAAAGUCUGUCCUGGUAGGGUACUCCUCUCAACACUGCAGAAGGAAAGACGUUUAAUCUGGCUUUGGUGAAAAGCCUUCGAUAGUUUGGUACUGUCAGGUUUUUUGUUUUUUUUUUAAAUGAUAUUUAUUAAAAUUUCAAAGAAUACAAGAAUUACACAAAAACGAAAAGUAAAAAUACAAGAAAAUACAAAAUACAGCAAGAAAAAUAAAAAAAACCCUUAUUAAGAUAUAACAAAGAAAUGAAAAAUAAAAAGAAACAUACAAAAUAAAAACAGUUAAGAACACAUUAAUUUUCCAUAGCAUAUCUUCCUUACACUUAUUUCCCGGACCUCCUCGUACCUCCCUUUUUUGUAUUCCAGUUCAGUUUGUUAGUUCAGCAAAUCCUUACCAUUAAACUUUUACCCAUUUGUAAACCUUUUUUCGUAUCUCUUAAAGCAUUACAGCUGGAAACCACUUAGUUUCUAUCCAACAUCCUUCUAAGAUUCAUUAAUUUUACAAUAUUUCUGUAAAUAGUCUUUAUAAAUAGACUUUAAAUUUCUUCCAGUCUUCUUUCACCGACUCUUCUCCCUGGUCUCGGAUUCUGCCAGUCAUUUCUGCCAAUUCCAUGUAGUCAAUCACCUUCAUCUGCCAUUCUUCCAGAGUGGGUAGAUCUUGUGUCUUCCAAUACUUUGCAAUGAGUAUUCUUGCUGCUGUUGUAGCAUACAAAAAAAAAUUCUGUCCUUCUUUGGCACCAAUUGGCCGACAAUGCCCAAAAAAAAGGCCUCUGGUUUCUUCAGGAAGGUAUAUUUAAAUACCUUUUUCAAUUCAUUAUAUAUCAUUUCCCAGAAAGCCUUAAUCUUUGGGCACGUCCACCAAAGGUGAAAGAAUGUACCUUCAUGGUACUGUCAGGUUUUUAAUGUAAGAUGUUAACUUAAAGACAUGCCUAUAUUGUACUCCUACUGCCAGCGGACUACAGAUUGCGUGUGAUCAAGAUCACAAGUCACUGUGUAGCACUGAAUCUGAACAAAUGGCAGUCGAGUGUGGAUGAGCCUUGAGAGCGACAAAAGGACAUUUUAAAUAACCUUCCCUUCCUCCUUCUCCAGCUCACGGUGACCAGAUGCGAUUCCUCUUCAUCCUGUCCAGCGUGGCAAAGAACGAGAGAGUCCUCACUGCUGAGCUCCACCUCUUCAAGCUGCGGGCGAGGGCAGCCGAUGGACCUUUUCCCAGAAGGCAGCACUUCUGCCAGGUAAAUGGCCAAAGCCUUCCCCGAGAGCUCCGCUCUUUCCAUGCCCAGAGGCACUCUUGACUUCUGAAGACCCAGUUGCCAGGAAUCGCACUCCCCAUAGAAGCUGGGUCAAUAAUGGACAAGUCUUCCUCGUGCGCUGAACAUUAGAAGCUUCCGAGUAUCUAGUAAAAAAAACCAACCCAAAACCCUUCAAAAUGUGCCCUCGUCAAUUUUUGGCAGGGAACUUGGACAAUAUUCAUGAUUUUUCACAGUACCUUUGCGCUUGCUUAAAAGUUGUUUCAUACAUUUUCCCUCCUGGUCUCGUUUUCUGUUAAUAGCCGAAGUUACACGGCAGUCGAGCAUAAACAGGAAACUUGUUUUGUUCUGCUGAUUUACUGUUUCAGCACUUUCCAUGUUUAAGUUUUGUCCUCUACGGUACCGCUGAUAUUCUUAUUUGCUGUUUCGUUUUGGUUGAAGGACUUUUCUGGCAGAAUUCAAGAUGGUACACACAGCCCUUGAAAUGAAAGGUCAAGUUGUCUGCUCUUUUAAUAAUCAACACCUGUCAAGUGAGCAGACACAUCAAUUGAAAAACAUGGUGAAAGCCAAAAUUUUAAAAUGUUUUUUUUUUAAAAAAAUUCUCUUAGGCUGAUUGGUCUGGCAGCCUAAGAGAAGUGGGGCUUUGGGUAUGUAUGGUCUGAAAAUCUUUGCAGAAAAAUAUUCCAGACAUGUUUAUUGAUUAUGAUAAGGAGGAGUAGGCAGUCCGUUCUCCCGUAUAAAAUAAAAUAAAUAAAAUAAAAUAAAAUAAAAUAAAAUAAAAAAGUCUUCCUCGUGCGCAACAUAUCACGGAAUCAUAGUUGGAAGGGACCACACGGGUCAUCUAGUCUGACCCCGCUAAAAUGCAGAAAUCUUUUGCCCAAUGUGGGGCUCAUGGCCCUGUGACAGAGCCUCAUGCUCUACUGAAUGAACUAUCGCCCACAGCCCUCCACUGCUUGCUUGUCUCCCCCCCAAAACCUGGUUUGAGUCUGGAAGCAGUUGGUCCCUUCCCUUUCCCGCCCAGACCUGGCCACAGUGAUCCAUGCGACGGUCACCUCCAGACUUGACUACUGCAAUUCGCUCUACGCGGGGCUGCCCUUGAAGCUGUCCCAGAAACUCCAGCGGGUGCAGAAUGCCGCGGCGAGGCUCCUUACGGGGUUCUUGGCGCGGGAUCACAUUCACCCAGUGCGUUACCAACUGCACUGGCUCCCGGUGGAGUACAGGGUCAGCUUUAAGGUGCUGGUUUUGACCUUUAAAGCCCUAUGCGGCCUAGGACCCAUGUACCUACGGGACCGCCUCUCCUGGUAUGCCCCAUGGAGCACCUUAAGGUCCACAAAUGACAACAUUUUGGAGGUCCCAAGUCACAAGGAGGUUGGGUUGGUCUCAACUAGGGUCAGGGCCUUUUCAGUACUGGCCCCAACUUGGUGGAACGCUCUGUCACAAGAGACUAGGGCCUUGCGGGACUUGACAUCUUUCCACAGGGCCUGCAAGACAGAGCUGUUCCACCUGGCCUUUGGUUUGGACUCGGUCUGACCCUUCUGUUUCCCUCCCCUUAUGGUCUUGAUCUAUGGGCUACUUUUAAAAUGAGGCUGCUUUAAAUCUUUAUUUUAAAUCGGUCCCCGCCCCCUUACGUUUUUACUGUGAUUUUAUUGGUGUUAGCUGCCCUGAGCCCUGCUCUGGCCAGGGAGGGCGGGGUAUAAAUAAAUAUUAUUACUAUUAUUAUUAUUAUACAACUGUUGACAUCCAAAUCCUCUUUCCAAGCCUUGGGGGCUGCUGCCGCUGCCCCACAGAGCUUUGAAAGAAGUUGCAAAUUAUGUUUCCAGAGAGCAUGUGCAGAGUGCUUUUCCCUCCCUGCCGCACCUCGGGGUGGGAUUUCACGUGAAUUGCUUAAACAGGCUCGAUUCGAAGGGACAUUUACAAACUGGAGCACUUUGCGGCUGGUGUGAGCAAGACCUGGUUCCUUUAGCUUACCUUACUUUCUCUCUCCAUCCUUUCAGGUGAGCAUUUAUCAGGUCCUUGACAAAGACAGCAUGGAUAGCCCUGAAGGAAAGAAGCUACUGUCUGCUAAACUCCUUGCCGUGCAAGGAACUGGCUGGGAGGUCUUCGCCAUCACGCAAGCGGUGAGUUUGUUUCGAUGCCUUUUUUAGAGUCUGCUCUACGUUGACCACAGAGGUUUCUUUUUUAAAAUAAUAAUAAUAAUUUUUAUUGAUUUGAACAUGUAAAUUAUAAAAUGUACCACACAACUUUAUCACUUAUACAGUCUUUUUAGACUUCCAUCAGCACCUCUGAAAAUCCACCGUUGUAAUCACUUCUUCUGCAUUUCUCAAUUUUAUAUUAUUUUUAAAUCUCUUAACGAAUCAUCCCCCCCCCCUUUAUCCAUUUUUGUAAUAAUUCCAAUACUCCUCCUCACAAAACUUCUUGCAAACCUACAAACAUCGUCUGAUCUUCACAAAUACUUUUCAAAUAGUCCGUGAAUUUACUCCAGAAAUUCUGGUCCCGCCGGUUUCGAAUCUUUCCUGUUAAUUUAUCUAAUUCUGCAUAGCCCAUUAACUUCAAUCGUCGGUAAUUCUUCUUGCUUCCAUUUUUGGGCCAAUAAUAUUCUUGCUGCUGUUGUUGCAUAUAAAAAAAGCUUACAUUCCUUUCUAUUUAUAUCACUCCCCACAAUGCCCAGUAAAACUGCUUCUGGUUUCUUUAUAAAUGUAUAUUUCAACAUUUUUUCCAUCUCAUUAUAUAUCAUCUCCCAGAAGCUUUUCACCUUCUUACAUUCCCACUACAUGUGAUAAAUGUUCCCUCUUUUUCUUUACAUUUCCUACAUUUAUUAUUUACUUUAUACAUUUUCGCUAAUUUAACGGGUGUAAUAUACCAUCUAUAUAUCAUUUUCAUCACAUUUUCUUUUAGGGCAUUGCAUGCCGUAAAUUUUAAGCCUUCUUUCCAUAGUCUUACCCAAUCACUCAGCUGAAUAUUAUACCCAAAAUCGACGACAGAGGUUUCCAGCAUUGCAGCUGAGCAAAUGUUUUCCAUGCCGCAACUGGUUCUGCGUUUGGUCUUUGCCUCAGAGCAGGAAUCCGGCAAGUUCAGCUGUUUCUGGUCUAUACAGACCCUACUUGAACCCGGCUGCAGGAACAAUAAUGCGUCGCAAGCAGAGAUCCUAUAUAUCCUUUUUACAAUUUAAAAUACUCAUUUCUACAUCCUUAAAAUAUCGAUGACUUCCCCUCUUCUCUUUCCAUGGUUCAUUUUACAUAUCAUAAAUCCCUGCAUAUUUUACAAAAAACUAAACCAUUCAGUAUUCCAUUAUUGCACCCAUCUAAACUUGUUUAGGAUGCGGGUGGCGCUGUGGGUAAAACCUCAGUGCCUAGGACUUGCCGAUCGUAUGGUCGGCGGUUCGAAUCCCCGCGACAGGGUGAGCUCCUGUUGCUCGGUCCCUGCUCCUGCCAACCUAGCAGUUUGAAAGCACGUCAAAGUGCAAGUAGAUAAAUAGGUACCACUCCGGCGGGAAGGUAAACGGCGUUUCCGUGUGCUGCUCUGGUUCGCCAGAAGCGGCUUAGUCAUGCUGGCCACACGACCCGGAAGCUGUACGCCGGCUCCCUCGGUCAAUAAAGCGAGAUGAGUGCCGCAACCCCAGAGUCGGUCACGACUGGACCUUUACCUUUUAAACUUGUUUACACUGUUGAAUUUAUCCUAAUGCUGCCAGUAUUUUCAGCUGUACACCAUUAUUUCCCAUAUAUUCAAUAAACGUUUUCCAGUCUUCUCUAAACGUAUGUUCUUCUUGUUCUCUUAUUCUAUAUGUUAAGUCCACAAACUGUGCAUAUUCCAUCUGUUUAAGUUGCCAUUCUUCUUUGGUUGGGACCUCACUCAUUUUCCAUUUUGGGGCUAACGAAACACGGGCUGCAGUUGUAGCAUACAUAAAUACCUCGGGUUAAGAACUUAAUUCAUUCUGGAGGUCCAUUCUUAACCUGAAACUGCUCUUAACUUGAAGCACCACUUUAGCUAAUGGGGCCCCCCACCGCUGCCCCGCUGCCGUCGCACCAUUUCUGUUCUAAUCCUGAAGCAAAGUUCUUAACCUGAGGUAAUAUUUCUGGGUUGGCAGAAUCUGUAACCUGAAAUGUAUGUAACCCGAGGUACCACUGUAACCUUUUUUGACACCUGGGAAUUUCAGUCUGAAUUAUCCCCAACAGAAAGGACUUGGGCUUUUUUGGGAAGGUACUUUUGAUCAUUUCCCAAGACUCUUUUACCCUUUUACAAGUCCACCACAUAUGAAAGAAUGUUCCCUCAACCUCUUUGCAUCUCCAGCACUUAUCUGAUUCAGUCUUAUACAUCUUAGCAAGCCUACUCGGAGCUAAGUACCAUCUGUGAAUCAUUUUCAAGUAGUUCGCCUUCGAAGAAUAACAUGCUGUGAACUUCAAGUCACGUCACCAGAGUUUUUCCCAGAGGUUAAAAAUCUAUCUAUUGCCCAGUGUGUCGCUUUAGGCUUUAACAAACUCCUCUUUUGCUCCCCACUCUGAUAACAAAUUGUACAUUUUGGACAAAAGUUUCUCUUUGUUUUGUAAAAGUUAUUUUUAGAAUUGUAAGCUUUGGUCCAGAAAACCUUUUUUUUCCUACCUAAUUUAAACAUUUCAUGUAACUUGUGAUAUCGUAACCAAUCCGUAACAUGGCUCCUUGCCCCCUGUAAAGUACAGCACCACAAGCAAAUAUCCUUGCAUUUAGUGCAGGCAUAGGCAAACUCGACCCUCCAAAUGUUUUGGGACUACAAUUCCCAUCAUCCCUGACCACUGGUCCUGUGGAUGAUGGGAGUUGUAGUCCCAAAACAGCUGGAGGGCCGAGUUUGCCUGUGCCUGACUUAGUGCUACAUCGGGUACAACCCACAAUGUGUAUUUUUAGAACUGUGAAUUUAUGUUUGCGGUGCGACUGCAUUUGGGGUACUGUGUGCAGUUCUGGUCCCAAAAGAGGAGACUGUAGAGUUGGGAAAAAGUUCAGAAAAGGAGAACCGUAAUUAUCCUCACCUCUGCCACCGGGCGCGGCUUGGCUCGCUCUUUUUUUUUUUUUUUAAUAAUAAUUUUUAUUAAAGUUUCAAUCAAAAAUUAAACAACCAAAAAAAGAAAAGAAAAACAUCAAAAAAACCACACACAAAUACACCAUACAAAUCUCAAAGAGAAAAUAAAAAAAACACAAAAGACAAAAAUCAACAAUAAAAAAAGAACAUAACAAUUAAAAAAACAAUAUCUCUUUUCCAUUUCCGUCUUUAAAUUUGCUUAUUUUCUGGACUUCCUCAUACCUCCCUCUUUUGUAUUCCAAUCCAAAUUGUUUGUCCAGCAAUUUCUUUUCCACUUUUUUAAUCCCAGUCUUUAAUUUAAUAUAAUAUUGAAAUAUAUAACUUCAACUUCUUUAAACCUAAUCUUUAGUCUUAAUGUAAUAUAACAUUAAAAUUUUACCUCUUAAUUGUCAAAUUUCCAUUUCAUUAAACAUCUUUAAUCCUAAUCUUUAGUCUUGAUCUAUCAUUAACCUUAACCUGUACAGCUGGAAACCGCUUAUUUUCAGUCCAACAUCACUCUAACAUUCUUUAAUUUUGCAAUGUUUCUGAAGAUAGUCUUUGAAUUUCUUCCAAUCUUCCUCCACCGACUCUUCUCCCUGGUCACGGAUUCUACCAGUCAUUUCCGCCAGUUCCAUAUUUGGCUCGCUCUCUCGAGCCACACGUCUCUGCGUGCAAAACAUUAACCGGUCUGACGUGACGUUGCAGGUCCGCUCCUGGAUGGACGAGGAGAGCAGUAACCAGGGGCUGUUGGUCACUGUGCGGUCCCUCGGUGGGGCACCCCUAGACGAUGGAGCCGUGCAGUUCGCGUCGGGCAGAGAUCACCACGAGAGCAAAAGGCCCAUGCUGGUUUUGUUCACUGACGACGGGCGUCGAGGGGCCCUGUUGCCCAGCAACCCCUUCUUAGGUGAGUAAAGAAAUACGUGUUUUUGUCUAUCGGUGUGGCAGGAUCAAGGACAUUGCUGUAAUAAAAGGGGACAUAAAAGACUGUAGCAUCUGUAGUGAACUUGGAAUAAUGCACACACCCCACCGAUUUUUUAAAUUCAUUUUAUAACACAAAUAAACAACACAAACAGAAAAACCAACAAUACAAACAAAUUCUUGUCUUGUCCUUUCCGCCCCGCAAACAUUGUUAGGUGGGCUUCCCCCAAUCCCCCCAUCUGAUUUUCAUUUUACCUCAUCUUUAGCAGUUACAUAUAUCAUAAUUUCCACCCAUAUUUUUUUUAUCGCACUUGCUUUAACCAUAAAAAAUAUUCACAUUUUAUUACUUACAGAUAAUACUGUUUAAAAAUACACUAUCUCCUACUUCUAACCCUACAGCCUAUAUCCACUUCCAAAGCUAUUCUAAGAUUUAAAUAUUAACAUUUCCCCCCCCCCCAAAUAUUCCUUAAAUUUCUUCCAAUCUUCUUCCACCGUCUCUUCUCUCUGGUCUCGGAGUCAGUUCGGCAAGUUCCAUAUAGUCCAAGGAAUAAUGCAUUUUCAUCACCUAGUUUCCAUCGUACGCUCAUGUCCUCCACACCCCUUGACAUUUGAAAUAUCCAUUUUCAGGACACACCUUAUUCCCGUGACUGUAAUUUUUCAGCAGACCACCCAAGAGUGACUCUGAUGGUCAAGAAGGCCGUUUUCUGCAUGUGCUGUAGAGAGAAGGGAAGGGAAAGUGGGGGUCAUCCACCUGGGAAGGUAGAUCAUCCAGAACAGCCUUUCUCAACCUGUGGGUCCCCAGAUGUGGUUGGACUACAACUCCCAUCAUCCCUAGCUAGCAAGGCCAGAGCUCAGGGGUGAUGGGAGUUGUAGUCCAACAUUGGGGGACCCACAAGUUGAGAACUGCUGAUCUAGAAGGAAAAGUCUGGUCCUAAAUCUCUGCUGUGAGAAGACAAGGCUCAGAAGUAAACCCUGGGCCUUCACAAAUCCAGAGCAGAGUCCCUAAGAUGGUUGUGAAGCUCCUUCCGGCAAUUUCUGCGGCCAAACUGGUGCCAAAAGUCUUGCUCUGCUUUCCUUUGGUCCACAUCGGGGGGGGGGGGGUCCUUGUGCCCCAGGGAGGUCAUUUCACCAUUUCACCUUCAGAGGUGCAAUUCCAUUCUCUCUCGAGACAGGUGGAUGCCAACAACACUUUAAACUUUAUUUUGCAACGUGGCACUUUUUAAAUGACUGCGAGAGGGCGGCAUCUAAACGUUUUCGGAAAGAUAAGCAAACAUUAAUCUACUCAACUGGCCUUUCAUGCUACUCACAGCUGUCCAUGGAGGCACAGGUCAAUUCUGUGUCUACCAGCUCCAUCUGGUACGCAGGCUAAGACCCUCCCUGCCCAUGGACUGUCUUGCCAGAGUGGUGCAUGCUCUAGUUAUCUCCUGCUUGGACUACUGCAAUGCGCUCUACGUGGGGCUACCUUUGAAGGUGACCCGGAAACUGCAAUUAAUCCAGAAUGCGGCAGCUAGACUGGGGACUGGGAGCGGCCGCUGAGACCAUAUAACUGGUCCUGAAAGACCUACAUUGGCUCCCAGUACGUUUCCGAGCAUAGUUCAAAGUGUUGGUGCUGACCUUUAAAGCCCUAAACAGCCUUGGUCCAGUAUACCUGAAGGAGCAUGUCCACCCCCAUCAUUCUGCCCGGACACUGAGGUCCAGCUCUGAGGGUCUUCUGGCGGUUCCCUCCCUGCGAGAAGUGAGGUUGCAGGGAACCAGGCAGAGGGACUUUUCAGUGGUGGCGCCUGCCCUGUGGAACUCCCUCCUGUCAGAUGUCAAGGAAAUAAACAACUCUCUGACUUUUAGAAGACAUCUGAAGGCAGUCCUGUUUGGGGAAGUUUUUAAUGUUUGAUGUUCUAUUGUGCUUUUAAUAUUCUAUCGGGAGCCGCCCAGAGCGGCUGGGGAAACCCAGCCAGAUGGGCGGGGUAUGAAUAAGAAAUUAUUAUUAUUUUUAUUACAACUACGAUCUCGUUCUCUCCUGCUUAGAACUGUCACAUCAGAAUGUUGCCCUUCCUGGGCACCUGGCGGCCCCCAAAUCCAACGGCACGCGGACCCCUCGCUCAGUGGACAACCAGCUCCCUUGCCAGAGGCUCCCGCUCUCCGUGGACUUUGAGGAAAUCGGGUGGUCUGGCUGGAUCAUCUCCCCCCGGGGGUACAACGCCUACCAUUGCAAAGGUUCCUGCCCCUUCCCACUGGGGGAGAACAUGAGGCCCACAAACCACGCCACUGUCCUCUCCAUCAUCAACGCCCUGAAGCUGAGCCAGGAAGUCAGCGGCCCCUGCUGCGUGCCGGACAAGUUGUUCUCCAUCAACCUGCUAUACUUUGACGACGAUGAAAACGUGGUGCUUAAGCAGUACGACGACAUGGUGGCGGGGAGCUGCGGCUGCCACUGA